AUGCUUGCAUCGACACUCUUCAUGACGGACUUGUAUGACUAUUGCAAGGCAUAUGCCUUGUGGUAUUUCAACCAAGUUGCGGACAAUGAAGAUCUUCUUGACUUGACCUUUGAUGAAUUGAAAGCUUUCCUUAGUGACAGACGACUCAAUACUACAGAUGAACUCCUUGUCUUCCGAACUUUGGUCAAAUGGGUUGAACAUGAUGCGGAAAAUCGAAGCAAGAAUUUUGAAUCUCUUUUCCAUUCCUGCUUAUGUUUGCCAUCACUUGGUGAUGAACAGAUUCAGGUUUUACAGUCUUUUGAAUUAUUAUCUAAAUUCCCCAAGUGCCUGUCGACCCUUUUGUCCAGCUGUGGUCAGCCUGCAAGGAAUGGGUUACAAAAUGAUGACUAUAAGGGUGAGAUGAGAGUUGAAUGCCGAGAAAUCCCCAAAGCUCUUCUCUGGGUUGGUGGGGACAAGAGCAAGACAAGUAACAACUUUCCAAGCCCAAACUGGUCAAUUAUGCGCUGGGAUCCACCCAAGAAAGGCUACAUUAAAAUCGAUGACAUGUAUCCUGUAAAAACUCCUGUUGAAGCAGAUAUGGGUUACCGAGUUUGUACAUUGGGGGUUGAAAUCUAUGUGCUGGGGGGUGAGGCUAAGCUUGGAAGCAACAAAUGGCAGAUGAAUACUUGGUCUUACAAUAUGCUGAGGCGAAAAUGGACAAUGAAGGCUUCUCUUUUGGAGCCACGACGUCACCAUGCUGUCUGUGUGAUGGACAAUGACAUUUAUGUGAUUGGCGGCUUUACCAAACACAGAAUCAUCACCAGCUCAGUACAUUGUUAUCAUUCUGAUAAUGAUUCUUGGACUGUGUGCUCUGACUUGAUCCGGCCUGAAUUUGCUGCAACUGCAACCAGUGUCAACCAUCGCGUGUACCUUUUCAAGACGCUAGACAUUCAAAGCUACAACCUCAAUACCAACCAGUGGACCAUAGUGACCUCUGAUGUCCCUCCCGCCAAAACACCUGGAUUUACUGUUAUGUCCGCUAUCACUGUAGGUUCAAUAAUUAUUAUUCAAGGCGGUUACAACAAUAUGCUUUAUCAGUAUGACCCUUCGGUUAUUGACCAGAAUGAGGCAUGGACCUGCCUCGGCCAAUACAAGGACGUCUUUGGCAGUUGUGCUGAAUUGGAUGGCCCUGACCAAAUGUUUAUUUGUGGUUUAGGCCCUGACCAAAUGUUUCUUUGGUUUAGGCCCUGA